AUGGAAGCAGUUGGAUCGAUGGAAUCUAGGGAUAUCACUGCCAAUGUGGGUGGCAGCAGUAGUGAGGGUGCCGGCCUUGAGGCUGGUAACGACUCUACUAGCGUGUUACGUGACUUCGUACAGCAACUUAUGGUUAAGUUCACCAUAUUGAAGCCCUCUACUUUUGUGGGCAGUACAGAUCUAGUUUGUGCUGAGAAUUGGAUCCAGGAGAUCAAGAAGAUCUUAAGUGUGUUAAAUUGCACUGAAAAGCAGAAGGUCACCUUUGCCACGUUCAAGUUGGCAUGGGAGGCUGAGAGAUGGUGGGGGUCUGUUAAGCAGAUGGAAGAGCACCAACCGAUACUGAUAGCAUUGAUGUGGGCCCGAUUCAAAGAACUCUUCUUUGAACUUUAUUUUUUGGCCACAGUUAGAAAAGCAAAAAUGGAGGAAUUUAUGAAUCUAACGCAGGGAUCAUUGACAGUGCAACAGUACGCUGCCAAAUUUCAAGAGUUGUCUCGAUUUUCUCCAUUCGUGAUUCUUGAUGAAGCGAAGAAGGCUUGGAAGUUUCAAAGGGGUCUGAGGAGUGAGAUCCGUAAGCAGACGGUGAUCUUGCAGUUGCAAGAUUUUUCUACGUUAGUUGAUAAUGCCACGGUAGCAGAGGAGUGUUUAUUAGAGGAUGUAGAGGUUUAG